AUGCCUGAACCACCAGCAGCAAUCCAGAAUGCCAUGAUGAAGGAUAAGAAGCCUUUUACAUAUACACCAGGCGGUCUAGACCUCAUCUCUCAGAUAAAGAGUCCUCGAAUGCAGAAACGUGUUCAGAGGAACCUGGACAACCAGGGACUACCAUCGCCACCUCCACAGCUGCAACAGACAAAUCCUCCUCUCCCUACACCCGUAUCUACUGCUGCAUCUAUUCCAAUGACACAAGUCCCUGUCCUUCCUCCGGUGCCUGCUUCCUUCCCGAGGGGACUUCCCAAUCAAGUCGGCCCUUCGUCAUCCUUCAAGAGAGAACUGCAGCAACCAAAGCAGCAGCCACCAUCUCCCCAGCCACAGAUGAGAUAUGUGGAGCCACCAUCUCCCCAGCCACAGAUGAGACAAGUUCAGCCACCAUCUGCCCAGCAACUGAUGAGACAAGUUCAGCCACCAUCUCCCCAGCCACAGAUGAGACAAGUUCAGCCGUCAUCUCCACAGUCGCAAAUGAGACAAAUGCAGCCUCAGUCUCCUCAAUCACCAAUGCACAUGAGACAACAGCAACAGCAACAGCAGCAGACAUCAGCAUCAUACAAUAAGCCCCAACCCCAAGCAUUCAAGUCAGGAUUCAAGACAGUUCUUCAGAAUCAACAGGAACCAACUCCUCCUCUGCUGCAGCAACAGCAACCAAGCUGGUCAUCAUUAUUUCCUGAAGAGCCAGGACCUAGGGUCCAUCGUGUUCCAGUCUCUAUAGCCAGAGAUGAGAGAGAUGCAGCACCAUCUGCUGAAGGGGCUCUGUACAUCCCCCCCAUCCAAAAGACAACACCCACAUGGAUGCAAAGUGGCCCAGCACGGGCACAAAGGCAGCAGUUAGAUGCAGUGGAGAUUCCAGUGCAGGUAGUCCGCACUUCCAAUAAGCCUGGGAGAUCUGGGGGAUCUGAGAAUCCACAAAUGCAUUCAGGAGCCUUCCGCCUGCUUCAACAAAUGACAGCAGAUUAUGCUGACCCUCGGGAGGAACCAGUGCUUCAAGGUCUGGAGAGAGUCCAGCUCUCUGAUGAUGACAUGAGACUCCUUAAUCACGUCAGACAACAUGAGGAAGAGGAGAAGCACCUGCAUGACCAGGAGACAGAUCCUCGGUAUAGAGGGGCAUACAUCCCUUCCAGAGCCUUCCGAAUGCUUCAAGACAUGACUGCCACUGUCCUAUGCCAAGUAAAACCAGACAUAGCUCAGCAGAAGGUGACUAAGGAAGUCUGCUGCACUUUCACCAGCAGGACCAAGAAAAUGGACCACAAAGGAAAUAAUGCUCCCUAUAUGGAGCUUCUGAGACGUGCUUUAGAAUCAUAUAGCCUGAGACACCCAGACAGGAACGAAGGAGACGCGGCGACGUUCUGGCGCCAUGGUGACCUCCUGUGGCUCCAGUCUGCUCGGAUAUACAGUAUAUUUAUGUGCUGUGGGUUUUGCCCCGAUGGAAUGCCGAAUUCCACUUGCCAGCCGAAGCCUUUGGCUUACUGCUUCACUGCAGUCGAAGAAGUGAUUGAUCCGCAAACGGGAGAUUUUAUUCCGGAAUAUUCCUAUGGAUGCCUUCCACCUGAAGAGACUGGUCUUAUGCAGUGUAAGGGUUACCUCGUUCCUCAUGUGAUUCCACAGUCCAUAGCCUGUUGUCGGCCAGAAAUUGAUGGGGAUUUUUGCAACUCAAACCUGCAGCCCAUGUAUACCCCAACAAAGAGAAUCUCCUUUGAACCCCAUUUUACUGAUUCCAGGAUUCUGAUUCCUUUCAUUGUCAGCAUCCUUGUCUGUGCCAUUGCUCUCAUCCUCAUCCUCCAUUAUGCCAUGAACUAUUUGAAAAGAAGAGGACUGAGAAGAGGAGACUUGUCAGUGAAACAACCAUUCUUAUCUGAAUUUGGAUUUGGAGGAAGUACAGGGACCACUGAUGUUACAUCUGGGAGUGGUGCAGGUCUUCCCAAACUGGUGCAACAAACUAUUGGGUGUCAGAUUACCCUGGAAAGACUUGUUGGCUCAGGUCGAUUUUCAGACCGUUGGCUUGGAACAUGGAGGAGUGAAAAGGUGCUCGUGAAAGUCUUCUCCACUGCUAAUGAAUUUGCAUGGCAGAGGGAGACCCAAAUCUACCAGACCUCCCUCCUUCGCCAUGAGAACAUACUUGGAUUCAUUGCCUCAGAUGUGAAGUGCAUUGUUGGAGCAUCAGCACAAAUGCUGCUAAUCACAGAAUAUCCAGAGCAAGGAACUUUGAGAGAAUUCCUCUCACAGCUGACCCAUCCUCUUCAGUCAGGGGAUUUGGCCCAACUUGCAUAUUCACUAGCACGGGGAAUAACUCACCUACAUGUUGAGGUGAUUGGUUCUCAAGGAAAACCAGGAAUUGCUCACAGGGAUCUCAGCUCUGCCAAUAUUUAUGUCAAGGCUGAUGGCUCUUGCUGCAUUGGAAACUUUGUCAUGGCAGUCCAGUUCUCUGGGUGGCUCUUCCAGAACUUUUUUGAUACCAGCCAGUCUGUAACAAUAGGAUUGAUUCAACUGUGUAGUGACAGCCAGGAGUUGGAUGUUCCAUUGGAAAUGGUGGAGAGUUAUGGAGACUUCCUGUACUGGCCACCCGAAGCUCUGAAAAGUGGACUACAUGAUGCCAGCUUUGGAGACUACAAAGCAGCAGACAUGUAUGCAGUGGGAUUGAUCCUAUGGGAACUUCUCUCAGUCUCCCAGCAUAGAUGGGAUGGAGAGGCCACAGAGGAGAAGAAAGUCCUAUAUCAGCUGCCUUUUACUGAAUUUCUCACUUCACAACCCUCCAUUCAGGACCUCUAUCAGUUGGUUUGCAUCAAGGGUCAGCGACCAAGUCUCCCACCUCAUGUUUAUUCUUCUCCAGACAAGCAAUUCACAAGGGCUGCUAGUGGUGUUGACAGUGGUACAGGGGAUGGUGGAAUGCUGGAGAAGCCAUCCAGGAUCUCGUCUGACUGCUUUAAGACUGAAAAAGACACUUCAGCGUGCUUGCACUACAUUCACUUCUCAUCCAUCUUGAUACUGUUCUCAUCCCUGAUCAUGUUAUGCACAGAGCUCUCCAACCAAGAUGUGGCAUUUUCGUUUGUGGAAGAAUCUGAUGGGUAUUUGGAAUGCGGGAAGAGGAGCGUGAUGGACCCGAUCGCCAUCUCACUUCUUUUUGUACACGUGACUCUCGGUUCCUCCUCGGCCGUAACCUGCAAGAUGCAGAAUUGCAAUGGCAUUAUAGCAGAAGCAGAAGGGAAAGAAUGA